UUUUCAGAUCUUCAGAGAGGUGUGUAGUUCACAAGACACACACACAGAGAGGAGGGCUGGCUGCUCUUUUCUUUUGUCUGACCUCCUCUGCAAAAAUGCACGCCUCACCUCUAUUUCAUCAAGUUUCCUUACAACCCAUAACACCUUUCGAGCCGUAAAUUUGGCAACCCCCUCCAUGUUUGAGGGAAUUAACGGAAGAUUAUCAUUAGCUCUUCAAAACAUCUCGGAAUGUUCUCUAAAAAACCUCAUGGAGAUGUCAGGAAAUCGACACAGAAAGUGCUGGACCCCAAGAAGGACGUGCUGACAAGAUUGAAACAUCUGAGAAUCGUUAUCGAAAAUGCGGAGCCUGCUGAACUCAAACACCUCUUCGAGCAGAAUUACUCCCACAUCUACUAUGUGUUCUUUGAAAACUUCGUCACCAUCGAGGUUAACCUGAAACAGAAAGGUCACAAAUCACAACGAGAAGAGCUUGAUUCUAUUCUUUUUAUAUUUGAGAAAAUCCUACAGCUGUUACCAGAGCGAAUACAAGGAAGAUGGCAGUUCCACAGCAUAGGUCUCAUUCUGAAGAAACUGCUACACACUGGAAACUCCCUAAAGAUCCGGAGGGAAGGGGUGCGUCUCUUCCUUCUGUGGAUGCAGGCUCUGCAGCACAAUGCUCUGAGAGAGCAGCUCUGGAUCUUCGCCUGUCUAAUCCCAGGAUUCCCUGCACCACAGUCCGAGCUAGGCCCUCGAACCCUGGAUAAUCUGAUCAGCCCUCCCCUUAACCUUCAGGAGCCUCAAGUGACCCCAGAGGAGAUCAGUCCCCUGGUGCCGCCCCAGUCAGGAGACAAAUCCCAGGAGGAUCUAACUGGCUACUUCCUGGAGGCUCUACUAAAAUACAUGGUAAACCAGGCCAAAAGUCUAGAGUGGAAGUGCAAGGAGAACCACGAGAAGGGGUUUGCCUUCUUGUUUGCCAAUUUCAAAAAGUAUUACCUGCCCCAUAUCUUCCCCAACUUCUCCAAGGAGACCAGUUUGUACAAUCCUAUUCUGGAGGUUCCACCCAUGAGACCAAAGCCUUACUACACAGUUGUAAAAAGAGACCCAGAGACCAAUGAAGCCCUGUACUGCACUAAAGAGAACUUCCUCAAUGCCAGAGUCAUAUUUAUUCGCUGGCUGGUCUCCUUCUGGCUGGAGCCGCGGUCAAACACAGGAACACACAUCCCUGGCAUGGAAGGAGAAAACGUGCCAAAGAACAUCCAGAGAGCGGCGGCGGGCCUGGCGGCCCGAGGGGAGGAUGGCGGCCCGAGACCAGAUAGUCUGGAUGGGGGUGGAACUGGCGAGCCGGAGCAGUCGCACUCCAACACCAGCACCCUGACGGAGAGAGAGCCCAGCUCCUCCAGCCUCUGCAGCAUGGACGAAGAACACCUCACCGACAUUGAGGUGGUGCGCCGGGUCCUGUGCUCCUCUAGAACCAAUGUCAACUUUAUCACCGAGAUCUUUCGACAGGCAUUUCUGCUACCCAUGUGUGAGGCUGCAGCCAUGCGUAAGGUGGUGCGGGUGUAUCAAGAGUGGGUCUCUCAGCAGGAUAAACCUGUGUUUAUGAGAGAGCCAGAGGAAGACCGAUUCACAGGCCAGCUGGACUCCACCCACGAGCAGAGAACUGAUAAAGAGGAGGAGGAUAUUGGGCUCACGGUGUCCGUUCACAAUCGAAACCCUAAUUGGUGUAGUAGGAAUUCUGGGAGUAAAUCCUCUGAUUCUGAGGUAUUGGAGUACAAUGUCCAUGCUGGUGUCCAGGCCACACUACAGGUUUUCAUCACCAACUCCUCCAACGUCUUUCUUCUGGAGGCAGCCAAUGAGCUGAAGUCACUUCUGGAAGAGCAUGUUGACAUGUGCAAGCGUGUGCUCAAUAUAUACCGCAGUCUGGUCAUGCAUGAAACCAUGAACCAGAAGACCUGGGAGCAGAUCUUGUUGGUGUUGCUAAGGGUAACUGAGUGUGUGAUGAAGAGGCCCCCAUCUAUUAUGCCUCAUGGGAAGAAGAGUAACACUUUAUCGGGCCGUUUGGCUGGGGCCAUUUUUCAGACUCUGAUUGUGGCCUGGAUCAAAGGGAAUCUGAAUGUGUACAUCUCUCGCGAGCUGUGGGAUGACCUGCUGUCUGUACUCUCAUCUCUCACCUGCUGGGAGGAGCUGGUCACUGAGUGGUCCCUCACAAUGGAGACACUUACCAAGGUACUAGCACGCAACCUUUACAGCCUGGACCUGAACGAGCUGCCCCUGGACAAGCUCAGUGAGCAGAAACAGAAAAAACACAAAGGCAAAGGUGGUGCCCAUGAGUGCCAGAAAAUCACUGUGGAUAGGUCGUUCUCCAAAGGCUGGAGUCGAGACCCACCAGGCCAGGCUGUUGCCAUGAGACAGCGCAGCGCUACCACUGCUGGCUCACCAGGCAUCGAGAAGGCCAGAAGCAUCGUCAGACAGAAGACAGUGGCUCUGCGUAGUUGCUCUACGGGGGACAGUCUGCUGUCCUCAGCCUUUAUCCGCAGUGCUAAAAGCGCACCUGUCCUGAUCCACCCCGUACACCCUCUCCUGCCUGAUUCUGUCCUCACUCCCCUAGCUGACGAGCUGUCAGACCUGGAGGAACCUCCCAUUGUCCAGCGCGGGUUGCGGAUCCGCCACUGCUCUCAAAGUGAGGAGACCCCAUCGUCCGAGGUGUUUUCCGCCUCCGGUGAGCUGGAGCAGCCUCCGCUCCCCCGCAGCAGCAGCGCCUCUGACAUCAUGGAGCCCUUCAUCACAGAACGGGUCAAAGGUGCACUUCCUGUCUCUGACAGUCCCUCUCACUCCUCCCACUUUACCACCACCACCUCUGAGUCCCCCCACAGUUCCCCGACCCCACACCAGCUUACUGACCCACACCAACCCCCCGACAGCCAGGCAUCCCUGGAGGUGGGCGAAAGCAUCUAUGACCAUCUCUGCCAGAUGCCAGGGCAGCAACCCCCCUUUAUCCCUGAUUGGUCCUGUCCAGCAGCGGCCUCGACCAAUCAGAUCCAGGGAGAAGGGGAGGAGGACGUCUUCAGCACUUUUAGAGAGAUUCGUAGCAAGGAGGAUGUGAAAGUGGAAGCAGGUGUAGAUAACAGGCAGGUGCAGUUUGGGGGAAGUGGGGAUUGGGCGCUAGAAUGGGAUAAAGAGAUGGAGCAGAGUGAGAAAAGUUUGUACGAGUGCUUAGAAGAAUGUGAUUGGGAUUUAAGUGUUAGUACGAAGGCAGCAGAGGGCAGCAAAGUCCCGCAGCUACACCGGCAGAACGCUACGGACAGGGCUAGCGAGAGCGAGCUUAGUCCGCAGGCUUCCCAGGUUGCACCGAGGCCCAAGCUAUCCCAUCUUGACCCCAAAAAACGCCACAGCGGUGGUGUCCACGUCAGCUUCCGCCCAUCCACAGAGUCUGUGCAGUUUCACAACCCUCUGGACCCCAAAGAGGCGCACUGGAAGACCCGUCUCCGCCGUUUCGGCCACUUCAGCAGCCACUCGGUUGGGGCGAGCGGGGCAGUGGCGAAGGGCGUGGGGGAGGGGGUCACCUGUUGUGAGGCGGUCGAGCGGGAUAGAGGCUCCAUCAGCGGGGCUAGACGCGGUCGUCUCGGCCGCCCGACUCUCCGCCCGCGGGGGUCCCGCUCUAGGUCUCAGGAGUCAGGGUGCAGCCCGUCACGGCAGCAGCAGGUGGCGCUGUUGGGCGGGGUGUAUAAGUCUAUGGUCCACGCUCUCUCCAAACCCAAGGCCCAGGCGGCGUCGCCCCAGCGUCACAGCAAAGCGCCUGCCACUGAGGCCCACCUGAAGGACCUGUACUCUCACGUUAUGGGCUAUUUUGGAAGAAAAACAUCAGCCAAUAAAGAUGAGCUGACGCCGAAGAUGAGGCCCAUGUCCAACGAUGCUGGCAGCAGCAACCCUAAUGUCAGUGACCUAAUGGACGAAUUCAUCCAGGAGAGACUGAGGGCCAGAGGCACUUCUGGCAUGACGAGGCGUGGCAGUAGCCCAGGAAGUCUGGAGAUCCCCAAAGAUUUGCCAGAGCUCCUGAACCGUCAGAACGCCACGCGUCCUGCAGACGACCCCGGUGUGCCCUCUGAGUGGACUUCCCCAGCCAGCGCCAGUGGAAGUGACCUCAUAAGCUCCGACAGCCAAUCAGAUUCCUUCAAUGCUUUUCAGUAUGACAACAAGUUUGAAAAUUUCAGCUUCCCCCCUGAAACAUGUGCUCUGGCUUCUGUGGAUCAGGAUAGUUUGGGAGGAGCAGGUCAGACCGCAGAGGAACAGGAGCUUUCCAGUCUCACAACACUCCACAUUGACUCAGAAACCAGCAGCCUCAGUCAGCACGGCCUGUCAGCUGACACAGUCACUAUUACUGGUUCUGAGAGCGCGUCUCCAAUGCACUCUCUGGGAGGCUCACGAUCGCAGACGCCGUCCCCCGCCACGCUGACUGCCGAACACGUCCAGCAUAAAGAUCUACAGCUGGAUGAGAAAAUGCACCACUCUGUGCUGCAGACCCCUGAUGACCUUGAAACCAGCGAGUUUCCGACAGAGGACUGUAGUGUGAUGGCUGGCGGCACUCUGACGGGCUGGCACGCUGAUGUUGCCACAGUGAUGUGGAGGAGAAUGUUAGGCAUUCUGGGAGAUGUCAACUCCAUCAAGGACCCUGAGAUCCACGCGCAGGUCUUUGACUACCUCUGCGAACUCUGGCAGAACCUGGCCAAGAUCAGAGACAAUCUCGGGAUCUCCCUUGACAACCAGUCGUCUCCACCCCCGCCGGACCUGAUUCCACCUCUGCGGAUUCUGACUCCCUGGCUUUUUAAAGCCACUAUGUUGAGCGAACGCUAUAAGCAGGGCAAACUCCACGCCUAUAAGCUCAUCUGUAAGAUAAUGAAGAGAAGACAGGAUGUUUCACCCAACUCUGACUUCCUUACGCACUUCUACAACAUCAUGCACUGCGGCCUGCUUCACCAAGACCAGGACAUUGUGAACACCAUCAUUAAGCACUGCUCUCCACGCUUCUUCUCUAUUGGACUUCCGGGUGCCACUAUGCUCAUCCUGGACUUCAUCGUGGCAGCGAGCCGUGUAACUGCCUGCUCGUCCCUCAAUGCUCCUCGGGUGGAGGCUCAGAUCUUGUUGGGCUCCCUGGUGUGCCUCCCAAACUUGUACAACGAACUUCCUGCCCUGCACCCUACAACGGCUGACAUCCUCAUGACGAAAUUCACAGAUGUCAAGGAGCAUAUAAUCAAGCACAUCCUGACCUCUGCCAGAGAUGAGCCUUCUGCACCUGCAAGGUGUGUGGCUCUCUGUAGUCUGGGUAUUUGGCUCUGUGAAGAACUGGUUCAUGGCACUCAGCAUCCGCAGAUCAAAGAAGCGCUUAAUGUCAUCUGUGUCACUCUCAAGUUCUCAAAUAAAACCGUUGCUCUGGUGGCCUCGGAUAUUUUGCACCUGCUCAUCAAUUAUGUGGACGAACUGCAAAAAUUCCCACCUGACACUCCAAAGAAAAUAGUGGAGGUCCUUAUUGCAACCAUCACUUACCUUCUUCCAGCCACAGAGUCCUCCCCUCAUGAGCUGGACAAGAGGCUGGUCGUGUCUCUGCUGCUAUGCUUGCUGGACUGGGUGAUGGCUCUACCUCCAAAAACUCUCCUGCAGCCAGUCCAAGGGGCCUCAGACAAGGAGAAAACUGACAAGUCCGUCCUCAGCUGCAUCUAUAAAGUCCUCCAUGGCUGUGUAUAUGGGGCUCAGAGCUUCAGUAACCCCAAUUACUUCCCCAUUCACCUGUCAGACUUGAGCAGCCCAGACUACGACCCCUUCCUACUACUGGAGAACCUGAAGGAGCCAGAGCCGCUUCAUUCACCCGACUCUGAACGCUCCUCUAAACUGCAGCCUGUCACUGAAGUGAGGAGUCGUAUUCAGCAAGGCCUGAUUUCAGUUGCGGCACGCACGGUCAUAUCUCACCUGGUCAACCACCUGGGUCACUAUCCGAUGAGUGGUGGUCCAGCCACUCUGACCAGCCAGGUAUGCGAGAACCAGGAUAACCCAUACAGCGAGAGCGCAGACCUGACCCCUGAACUCUUCGACGCACCCAACUUGCAGUUCUUUGUGCUCAAUGGCACCACCCUGCUGUCCUAUCUACAGAUCCGGGCAGAGGACGGCCUGCCCGGUGGCGGGAUGUCAGCUGGCCUCACCACCACCAGUGCCUGCGUUCGGGUGAUCGUGAGGGACAUUUCCGGAAAACACUCCUGGGACUCUGCUGUACUGUAUGGUCCACCUCAUUGCAUCACUCCAAGUCAAACUUUGCACCUCUACUCGUCUUCCAAUCAAGCAGGCGGCGAUAGAGAACGUGGCCGAGAUGAGGACAGUCUAGAAAGAGGCAGUCAAGAAGAACCAGAGGAUGUUGCUUUUCAGGAGAACGAGGAGGACCUGGAUGAGGACGAGGAGGAUGUGAAAGAAGACAGGGAGGAGGAAGAACUUGAAGAAGAGGACGAGGAGGAAGAGGCAGGGCUGGAACCGAUGGCCCCACAGGCCAAACGGCGGUGCAGAGAGGUGAUCCCAAGCUGGGACUCCCUGCAGGAUGGGGAGGACUCCCUGGACGAGAUGCUGCAGUACUUGGGACACUCCAGCCCAGAGUGCCUGCAACGUACUGGCGCACCGCUCAACAUUCCAGCCCCGCCACCCACCUGUGUGUCUGAGAAGCAGGAGAACGACGUCAUCAACGCCAUCCUGAAGCAGUUCGACGAAGAGCGGGACUUUACGUUGCAUCGUGGGAAUGACCUGAACAUGAGGGCCGUAGUACAGCAAGAGCCAAGCCCACAGAGACCCCAGUCGGCCUUUUACUACUGCAAACUGCUCCUCAACAUACUAGGCAUGAACUCCUGGGAGAAGAGGAACAGUUUCCACCUGCUGAAGAAGAACGAAAAACUACUGAGAGAGCUGAAGAAUCUGGAUUCAAGGCAGUGCCGUGAAACGCACAAGAUUGCUGUGUUUUACGUGGCAGAGGGGCAGGAAGACAAGCACUCAAUUCUGUCCAACACAGCUGGGAGUCAGGCCUAUGAAGACUUUGUGUCAGGCCUGGGCUGGGAGGUGAACCUAACGAGUCAUUGCGGUUUCAUGGGCGGCCUGCAGAGGAACAAGAGCACGGGUUUGACCAUGCCGUACUUCGCCACCUCUACAGUUGAAGUGAUGUUCCACGUCUCCACACGCAUGCCUCCGGACUCAGAUGACUCGCUCACUAAAAAGUUAAGACACUUGGGUAAUGAUGAAGUGCACAUCGUUUGGUCCGAGCACUCGCGGGACUACCGGAGAGGCAUCAUUCCUACUGAGUUUGGAGACGUGCUUAUCAUCAUCUACCCCAUGAAGAACCACAUGUACAGCAUCCAGAUCAUCAAAAAACCUGAGGUGCCUUUCUUUGGUCCCUUGUUUGAUGGAGCCAUAGUAGACGGAAAUAUCUUACCCACAGUGGUGCGAGCCACGGCCAUCAACGCCAGCAGAGCUCUGAAAUCCCUCAUCCCUCUUUACCAAAAUUUCUACGAAGAGAGAGCGAGAUAUCUGGAGACGAUAGUCCAGCACCACUUGGAACCGACAACGUUUGAGGACUACGCAGCUCGUGUUUUCUGCCCUGCACCUUUCCACCAUCUUCCCUCUGAAGCAGAGAGAAAUGCUGUGAUUUUUCUGCUCCUUCCCAAACCUCAACUAGAAAACAUUGGGCUCAUCAAGGUAAAGGGAAAAGGCUUGAAACGGAAGGUCUUUCACGCUAGCUGUGAAUGGCUCAUGCCUCGAGAGUCAGCUGGCAGAAAGUCCAGCAAUGCAGGUAGACGGGAGCGAUUUAGCCUCGCCAAUGUCACCUCGUGCUAGCAAGAGCCGGAUGUCCAUGAAGCUUCGCCGUUCCUCGGGCUCCGCCAACAAGACUUGACCUGAGUGAGCAAACACACACUUCACUCCAUUCGCGCUCGCUCCAGAACUCCGCCCACUGUCAGAGACAAACCACGCCCACUUGCCUGCAGUAGCCACGCCCCCAAUGCUGUCUGACUCCUCCCGUUCAGAGCCAGAGUGAUCAAAGAUGACCGAAAUGUUUAUUUUUGUCGAUCGCUGAUGGAUAUCGCGUUGCGUUUUACUUAAAUAACUUCCUCUGCUGUUGUUGUAGCUGGUGCCACUGAAGCUGCCCGCUACUCAGAGUGCCAGUGGUCAUUUAAAAAAAAAAAAAUCAUAUGAAAAUGUUUCUUUUUGAUUGCCAUCGUAUCAACCACAACUUUUUAUAUUUGUACAGAAGACGCGACAAAUUGAUGGCGGGAAAAAAGUGUUCGAAAACAUGUUUGUGGAGCAGAUUUGCAUUUAAACUGAAGCACUUCUUGCUGUUACGUAUUUCAGUUUGUUUUCACUCCUAUUGUGGAACAUGUUUUUAUAUAACAUUGACACUCACAUUUGUUUGUUUAUUUGCUGGUUUUCUUUAUGGAUCACGGUUUAUUGCAAUUUGUAUAUUCAGUUUUCUCUUCAUUAGAAUGUUACAGAUUUUUUUUUUCAUGUUCAUGAAUGAACUGCCCCUUUGUCAUUUGUAACGGUUAUUUGUGCGUGUAUAUAUCUAUAAAUAUAAAAUAUAUACAUAUUUAA